CGGACAAUUGUCACCCCUAGUAUCAGUCUGAAAAUUCAGUGUUUCAUUCGGUUAUAAAUUAGAAGUACAAACGAUUUCGAAAGAAAAUUUCUUUAAAAAUGCCGUGUGUUGGAUGUGAAAAAGAAUGCAAAUGCACUCCCGAAAGGUGUUGCGAAAGCUGCAAGUGCCAAAAUCCCGGACAAUGUGGAUGCAAUUCCUCGAAAGCCUCCUCCUCGGGCGGAUGUUGCAAGAAGGGAGGCGACACCGCUGGAGGCGAUGCCAAGGGAAAGUGCUGCGGAGGCAAGAAGUAGAAGCCAAAACCCAUUUAAUGCCAGAGAAAAAUGCUUUUUCGUUCCAUUUAUUUUUCGAUGGCCAUAACUGCUAGUGAGCUGUUAUUAUUAAAUACAUUUAUUGUUUAAUCGAAACAAAA